UCUUCUCUCUCGCCCCAAGCCAACCAACUAACUAACAAACAACGUUUUCGCCUUCUCUCUCUAAUGUCUACCUCCUCCGUCAUCAUCAUCGGCGCCGGAAUCUCCGGAAUAUCGGCGGCCAAGGUUCUCGUCGAGAACGGAGUAGAAGAUGUAUUGAUACUGGAAGCGACGGAUCGGAUCGGUGGAAGAAUACAGAAACAGAAUUUCGGUGACGUGCCGGUUGAGCUCGGCGCCGGUUGGAUUGCCGGUGUCGGUGGUAAAGAGUCCAAUCCUGUUUGGGAGCUUGCCUCUCGUUUUAACCUCCGUACUUGCUUUUCCGAUUACACCAAUGCUCGUUUCAAUAUCUACGAUCGAAGUGGUAAAAUCUUCCCGACUGGAAUCGCUGCUGACUCGUAUAAAAAGGCGGUUGACUCGGCGAUUCUGAAGUUAAAGAGCCUUGAAGCUCAAUGUUCUUCUGGUCAAGUAGCUGAAGAAACUCCUUCGUCACCGAAGACGCCAAUAGAACUAGCCAUUGACUUUAUCUUGCAUGAUUUUGAGAUGGCAGAGGUUGAGCCAAUAUCCACUUAUGUGGACUUCGGUGAAAGAGAGUUCUUGGUUGCUGAUGAAAGAGGUUACGAAUGUUUACUCUAUAAAAUGGCUGAGGAAUUUCUCUUUACCUCACAUGGAAAUAUCUUGGACAACCGCCUCAAACUAAACCAGGUGGUUAGGGAGGUGCAACAGUCUAGGAAUGGGGUAGUGGUGAAGACAGAGGAUGGUUCCGUAUACGAAGCCAAUUAUGUCAUCGUGUCUUCGAGUAUCGGUGUUCUCCAGUCCGAUCUUCUCUCCUUCCAACCGCCUUUACCAAGAUGGAAAACAGAAGCUAUACAAAAAUGUGAUGUGAUGGUGUACACCAAGAUCUUCCUAAAGUUCCCUCAAUGUUUCUGGCCAUGUGGUCCUGGUCAAGAGUUUUUCAUCUAUGCACACGAACAACGCGGCUACUUCACCUUUUGGCAGCACAUGGAAAAUGCGUACCCGGGCUCUAAUAUUCUGGUGGUGACGUUGACCAACGAACAAUCAAAGCGCGUUGAAGCUCAAUCAGACCAAGAGACGAUGAAAGAGGCAAUGAGUGUUCUCAGGGACAUGUUUGGGUCCACCAUUCCUUACGCAACCGAUAUUCUUGUCCCCAGGUGGUGGAACAACCGGUUUCAACGCGGUAGCUACAGUAAUUACCCUAUGAUAUCUGAUAAUCAGCUUCUGCAAAAUAUCAAGGCCCCAGUUGGACGGGUUUUCUUCACAGGAGAACACACAAGUGAAAAGUUCAGUGGGUAUGUACACGGAGGAUACCUUGCAGAAGCCUAACUCUCAAAUCUACACAAAUGUCAAUUUUAU